GGUCACACUCAUUCCCUAGUGGGCUUCGCAUUUUUUGUUUCAGACGGAAAAUCAAGAAAAUAACUCUGGGUUUAAGUCAUUAUAAAUAAAACAAAAUGUCCAGCUUUUCGCCGAACCAACUGCGUCAGUGCACCCGCUUCACCGGCACGCCAUGCACGCCGGACAAGGAGCAGCAGCUGCGGGAGCAGAUCCACAGCGAGCUGGCCAAGAUCAAGUACUGCGCCAAUCCCACCUACGAGUGCAGCUUGAUGCGAAUUGAGGGCUACGACUACUGCAUGCGGCACAUCCUGCGUGAUCCCCGCGCCAACUACCGCCAGUGCUCGCAUGUCUACUCGAACGGAAGGAAGUGCAUCAACGCGGUGGCCAAGUACGACAACAAGAAGGAGCAGAUCCUUACCACCUUGUGUUUCGAGCACAACCGCCAGACACAGCUCCAAAAGACCCAUCUGAAUGUGGGUCGCAUUCGCAGUCGCGUGGAGACCAACGAGACCCUGCUCCACAGCCUCUCGUCCCACAUCAACGUGGAGGACAUUAAGCCGGAGGCCCCCAAAACCGAACCCCAUGAUGAUGAUGAAAUUGAUGUGGUCUCGCCUCAUGUAACUCCAUUUGUCACCCAAGAUCACCGAAACACCAUUGACCACGUUGUGGAUAGCUCACGCAAGCGCCGUCGCAUUUUGGAUUAUGCUUCUGAUAGUUCCAGCAAUGAUGAGGAUCCACCUUGUCUUAGGAACACCGCCCAAGACAUAGAGUUUUACGAAUCAGACUACGAAAGCGUUGAUUCUGAAGAUGAUGAUCCUCUAAAACAUGCUGGCGUCUUUACGCGUGCUGAGGCUGUUAAAAUUGCCGAGACCAAAUUGAUUAAGCUUAAGGAACUUUAUCGCGAUCAGAUUUCCCAUCUGCAGCAUGUUCUGAAGCAGCGCCGUCGCAAGUAUUUGCACGACAUACGACGAGAGCGAGAACUAUAUUGCAGCAUUCAUGACCAGCUGAAGGACACGCCACACGAGCGGAAGUUGUACGAACAACUAAAGGCGCUGAAUAGCUACCAUCGUCGACAGGGCAUGGAGGCUGUGCUUUACAAGAAACUAAAGGAGAAGCGCGCCAGGGACACCUUGUAUGCAUCCAAGUCGUCGAGCAACCCAAAGUGCAUCUUCACUGAGGGCGGUGUUAAGUGCGGAGAGCGAACGCUACCCUGCUGCAAGCACUGCCGGAAGCACAUCCUGGAGGACAAGCGCCAGGUCCUGUUCCGGGCAUGCGGCGUGGAACGAAGUGGGGUGGUCUGUCAGGAACCGGUGGCCAGCAUUCUUGAAGACUCCAGUUGCGUACUGCAUCUGACCGUGGCGCCGGCUAAGCGCCAGUAUAUACAAAAGUUUUAUGAACUCCCAAGCACUCCGCCGCUAGAAAGUAUUUUCGCAGCAGGCCGUGGUGUCGAUAAUUUUGUCGGAAAAGACCCACGGAUUGAACAGCGUGCGGAGGGCGAUGAUCUGUUGGAUUUUGCAAGUGGUAUAUUCGAGUUUGAUCUCGAUACAGCUGAUGAUUUAGCAAACUCCCUCGACGAAGAGUGCGCCAUGUUUCUUGACAUGGACAAUGACCUGGGCUUAGCCAUUGAUGAUCGCAGUGUGGACAGUGCCCAUGCAGACUUAGGCCUCGACCAAGAUGGCGAAGAAGUAUCCAAUGAUUUUUAUGACCCCGGUGAAACUCAAGCUCAAGACAAUCUUAUUGAAAGCCAACUAGGUUUGGACGAAUCAUCGGUGCAGGACAGUAGCGAACUUAACUUUGAAAUCGACGAGACCGACAGCAAUGUUAACGAAGUGUUGAGAAUGCUUGAGGGCAUUGAGCAAAUGCCCUGGUUUGAUGCUCUGAUGAACUAGUUCGAUAUUAUAGUAAAU